AUGAAGUUCUUGUUUAAAUUACAGACUCUAAAAUCCUUGUGGACUCUGAAGCCUCCUAAUAGGACUUUCCAUGGACAUGCCAGGCUGCUUGCCUCUGAUGUACAUUCACAGUAUGAGUCAGUCAGACGGGGCAAACAGGAAAUACCAAAGUACUUUAACUUUGCAAGUGAUGUACUGGACAAAUGGUCUGAAAUUGAAAAGGCUGGAAAGAGACCGUCAAAUCCUGCUUUUUGGUGGAUAAAUGGAAAAGGAGAAGAAGUGAAGUGGAGCUUUGAGGAGCUGGGGUUCCUGUCUCGGAAAGUGGCCAAUGGGCUGACUAAAGUAUGUGGGCUGCAGAAGGGGGACAGAAUUUUUGUGAUCCUACCACGAGUCCCAGAAUGGUGGCUGGUGAAAGUGGCUUGCAUACGAGCAGGAAUUGUCUUAAUUCCAGGAGUAUCCCAGUUAUCAGCCAAAGACAUAUUGUAUCGACUCCAGGCAUCAAAGGCCACAUGCAUAAUUACUGAUGACACACUGGCUCCUGCUGUGGACUCGGUGGCAUCUGAGUGUCAGUUUCUGAAAACCAAGCUAAUUGUGUCCAAAGGCAGUAGGCGGGGAUGGCUGAACUUCACUGACCUGUACAAAAACCAAUCUGCUGACCAUUCCUGUGUCAAAACAAGGAUUCAAGACUCACUGAGUAUCUUCUUUACCAGUGGAACCACAGGUUCUCCGAAGAUGACUGAACAUUCCCAGGGUAGUCUUGGUUUCAGACCCCUUUUAAAUGAAAGGUACUGGUUGGAUUUGACUCCCUCAGACAUGAUAUGGAGCACAGCAGAUACAGGAUGGAUACUAACUUCACUGGCAUCUGUUUUUGAUCCCUGGGUUUUUGGAUCAUGCAUCUUUAUACAUAAGCUACAACAGAUUGAAUCAGUAACCAUCCUAAAUACUCUCUGCAGAUUCCCUAUUGGCACGCUGGUUGGUGCUCCAACAUUGUUCCGCAUGCUGGUGCAAAAUGAUCUCUCCAACUACAAAUUCAUGAACCUGAAGCACUGCAUAAGUGGAGGGGAGCCACUCAACCCAGAAGUCAUGGAGCAGUGGAAAAGGAAGACUGGGCUGGACAUCCAUGAAGUAUAUGGCCAGACUGAAACGGGAGUAAUCUGCUCCGUUUUUAAAGGAAUGAAGAUUAAACCUGGAUCGAUGGGGAAGGCAGCUCCCCUUUAUGAUGUGCAGAUCAUAGACAAAAAUGCUAAUAUUCUGCCUCCAGGACAACAGGGGGAAAUUGCUGUCAGAAGCAAACCUAUAAGACCACUUGGUUUAUUCUCUGAAUAUGUAGAUAACCCUAAGAAAACUGCAGAAAGUGAACGUGGGGAUUUUUAUGUCACUGGAGACAGAGGGACUAUGGAUGAAGAUGGGUAUUUUCAGUUUAUUGGAAGAGACGAUGACAUCAUCAUUUCUUCAGGUUAUCGCAUUGGGCCAUUUGAAGUAGAGAGUGCCCUGAUAGAGCACCCAGCAGUGGCAGAAACAGCUGUUGUCAGCAGCCCAGAUCCCCUCAGAGGAGAGGUUGUGAAAGCAUUUGUGGUCCUGUCCCCAACCUUUUCAUCCAGUGACCUGGAGAGCUUAACCUGUGACUUGCAGGAGCAUGUCAAGAAAACUACUGCUCCAUACAAAUACCCUAGAAAGGUGGAAUUUGUCCAAGAGCUGCCAAAGACAGUCACUGGGAAGAUCAAGAGGAACGAAUUAAGAAACAAAGAGUGGGGACGGAUGUAG